GUCUUGGACUAUGAUACGGAAAAGAUGCUUAGUGUCAACCUGUUAUUCAUCCAAGAGUGUCUUGUUCUUAGUUGUGCAGUAAAUUAUAAUACGCUAGGUGUUGCUAAUAAGAUUCAGUUUUAAAUGUGCCGUGUAUUUGUUUUGUUUGAAAAAUAUGUAGGCAAUUAUGGAAUCGAUAAGUGCUAGCAAUUAAAAAUGGUGGAAGGAAAACGUACGUCUGUGACACGAUGAAUUCUUUGGAAAUUCUUUAGGAACAUAGAUAGAUCAGAGUCAGUGCAGAACACAAUGUUGAGGGUUCAAGCAAUGAGAACUUUCAAGUCAGCAUGUUCGAUCAUCAAAACACACGUCUGCACGGUCGCGUUGUCUCUCACCCUCGUGAACUCAGUCCGGCUGCCCCGAGAGGCGUUCCGCUAUGGAGCGGUGCCAUACCUGGUGGUCUACACGCUGUGGCUGCUGGUGGUGGGGCUGGCGACCUCGCUGCUGCAGCUCAGCACGGGGCAGCUGAGCCAGCAGGACCCUGUUGGGGUUUGGAGAGCUGUGCCGAUAUUGAGAGGCGUAGGCCACAUCCAGCUGAUCACAUCGUUCAUAUGCUGUGUAUACAACAUGGUGUACAUAGCGCUCGCAUCGGCGUACAUACUGUGGAUAGCAAAAGACACUUUCCCACUGAGAGCCUGCACUCGUCUUCAGAUGACUCCGUACGGUUACGAGAACAAAAUCAACGCAACGGAGUGUUAUAAUAUGACAUUUUUAUCGUCGUACGCGAAGCACCCACAGUACCUAGCCAUAAUGGCUAUCAUCAUAUUCCUGCUGUGGUUCUUCGUACCAUUAUUUAUGUACGGCCUCGAGAAAUCAUACAAAAUAGCAUUAAGUCUGAUUGCACCAUUUGCCGUGAUUCUGCCAAUUGUGCUCUCUACAUUUCUGUCUCAAGAGGAGCCUGUGCGGUUUAUGCUGAUGUCGGGCGAGCGAUGGAUGGUGUUCACAGAUCCUCACUUCUGGUUCAGUACCUUGGUACAGGCGUUGCUGUCCACACAGAUCAUGAGCGGGCAUUUAAUAAGCGCUGGAGGGACUGUUUACAAGAACUACGAUGUUCGAUUAGUAGCAUCAGCACUGAGCAUUUACAACUUCCUCUCAAGCUGCCUGUGGGUGCUGUUCUGGACAUCCAUCAGCGCCGCAGACCAGCAGGACACGGGGUUCAUCGCGGUCCUCGUCCUCAUAUACCAGUCCUCGCUGGCACAGAAGCGGACCAAGCUGUGGCCGCUACUCGCGUUUUUAGUGGUUUUCGUUUCCGGAAUAUUGACAGUUCUAAUCCUGCUCUACCCACUGUACGACAGAAUGUACCAUAUGGCAGGAGACAAAUGGAAGAUGGUAGCAAUUCUUGGGUCUGCAUUUGGAACCAGCUUAACUUUGGCCGUGAUGGUGAACGCUCUGUACGUGGGCACAGUCCUAGAUGAAAUGGUCGUGCCGAUACUAGUGAUAUUUACUGCGACUCUACAAGUAGUCGGGUUUGCUUUCAUUUAUGGCUGCCCGAAGCUCAAGCAAGACAUCAAAUUCCUGACUGGCGCACGGACCUCCUCAAUUUGGGUGGUUUCCUGGUUGUUGACUCCGCUUCUCCUCAUCGGAGUGACAGGCUGGUGGCUAAGGACCCUACUCCGGGAGACUAUAGAGGAUCAUCAGAGCCUCUGGCCUCUUGGAGCAGUCCUCAUCAGCAUCCUCAUCAUCAUGGCAGUCAUGUCUGCCGUGGCUGUGGUGAAGGAAGAGCAGUAUAAUUUGAUUACAAAAAUCGCCUCCGCAUUCAGGCCCUCUAGGCUGUGGGGUCCUGAAGACCCUACAGUGCGGUACAACUGGAUAAUCCGCAAGCCAGGAGACAGCGACCGACUCAACAACGACGACUCGAAUAGUGCCGAUUACUACAGCACCUACCCCGAAACUAUACUAUCGAAGGACACCCCAAAAUUCAACGACGAAUGGCAGAAAAAUCCAGCAAUAUACACCGUACCAGAGCUAGAUAAGCCAGACUAUUAUGCCACGUAUUCACUGCCAAGGAAUAAAAAGAAGGAGUAUAAGUUUGAUUCGCCGAACAUCUGUGUGGCUAACGAGAAGAUGAACGGACGAAUCGAAUGUAAAUGUAACAGACAUUUUACGUUGAAUGUACCAAAAAGAUUUCUGAAAAAUAAUAUUUCAACAAAUUUAUAGAUGGAACCUUUUGAGUAAGACUAGGUAUAUUAAAAUCGAUAUGUGUUUUUUUUUAUAAAAGUUAUUAUCACACCAAAGACGAGAAACCGAUACUUACCGAAAUAUUACUAAAGUGAAUGUUAUGAGAACUUAUGUAAUUAAUACUAAUAUUAGAAAAUAAUAUGUUGUUAAUUAUAACUUUCUGUAUAUAAACCAAACUGUCAAUUUGCAAGGUAAUUUACCCAACCGAUACAUCGAAUAUACAUCGCUGAACAACAGCAACAAAAAACUGCUUUAACUAGUCGUAGUAAGUUAAAUAAACAUAUUAAUAAUACGUUAAACAUAUCUCCUGUAAAUAUACGUGUCCGAAAAAAAUACUUACUUUGAUUGA